AUGUCGUUUGAAACACGUAAGUUCAGAUCGAGAAAGGAGCAGUUAGCGUUUGAGGCCUCUAUGGCUGGGAAGUAUCAGAAACUUUUAAAGAAAAAUCCUUUUCUGUAUUUUGGACUUCCGUUUUGCUCGAUGAUAGUACUUGGUUCAUAUUGGCUAUCGACUUUCACUGAAGUGAGGUACCAGCGGCAUGAUCGAAGGAUUCAGGAGUUGAAUGAAGAUGAUCUUGUCAAAUUAGCUUCAAAUGGUCGGAAAUUCGAUUUGAAAGAGGAGUAUUAUAGAUUACAAGGGCUGGGAGAACAGGACUGGGAACCCGUGAGAGUACCAAGAUUAGAAGGCGAGUCAGAGAACGUUUGGUGA